AUGGCAUCCUCUGUGUUCUCAACAGCAACCUUUGCUAGCAUCAACCGUGCUACCCCAGCUCAAGCUACCAUGGUGGCACCAUUCACUGGCCUCAAGUCCACCUGUGCUUUCCCUAUCGCCCAAAAGACAACUGACAUCACCUCUCUAGCUAGCAAUGGUGGCAGGGUUCAAUGCAUGAAGGUAUGGCCGCCAGUUGGCUUAAAGAAGUACGAGACACUCUCAUACCUCCAACCCCUUACCCGGGAGCAACUGGCCAACGAAAUUGAGUACCUUAUUCGUGAGAAAUGGGUUCCUUGCUUGGAGUUCGAGUUAGAGAAAGGAUUUGUUUACCGUGAGAACCACAGAUCACCUGGAUACUAUGAUGGGCGCUACUGGACAAUGUGGAAGCUGCCCAUGUUUGGAUGCACUGAUGCGGUGCAAGUGUUGAAAGAGCUUGAUGAGGCCAUUAAAGCUUACCCUACUGCCUUCAUUAGGAUCAUUGGCUUUGACAAUGUUCGUCAAGUGCAAUGCAUUAGUUUCAUUGCCUACAAGCCUGAGGGUUACUGA